AUGACUUUCCAACAAAAGGAGUUCACCACGCCCCCAUCUCUUCCCGCCCCAGGCACACCUACAAACUCCGAAACUGCAAAGCCUUGGUACUCCGCCGCGAAAGGAAUUUGGGAAUUAUGCUUGAACGGGGAGGGGGAAUCUAAAGCUGUCCUACAAUGGUGGGAGCCAUAUACUACCACACCCAAUCAGCCGAUCACACAUACUUUCAUUGAAGAAGUAUGCUUCCUUCAAGGGAGAUUGGAGGAUCUAUCGCUCGGACAGUCAUGGGGUGUUGGUGCCUAUGCAUAUCGCUUACCUGGAAUGGAACACGGACCUUAUAAAACCCAUGAGGAGGGGUGCCUGAUGUUUGUUAAGACCGCACCUGGACCGGAAUGUUGA